AUGUCUUUAUCAAUCAGAAUUGACUUAUCGCUGGUCAUCAAAUGCUCCUCGCUCCACCUGCCCCGGGCCUUCCUGGACGUCUCUUUGACAGCGCUGGCCACCCGGGAGUCAGUCGGCGACAUGGCCCUAUGUAGCUGCCUAGCUACAUUUGCACAGGGAGGGGUAUUUGAAGGGCCUUGGGGAGCUUGCAAGUCCUGCGAUCUGCCUCUCUUGACCGCCUUUGUCUCGCGGGACAUAGUGGCCGAUUGCGCCGUUGAUGCACAACAACUAUCUCCGUUGAACUCUCAAGGUCUCGUCAGGAUGGUCAAGUCGACGCAAAUUUCAAGGCUGGAUGAGCUUUCUGAAAUCAAAGGGCAAGCGAAAAUGAUCUUUCGCCGCCUGAAUCGCAACUCCGCGCCCCAGGCAAGCAUAGAGUCUGGCCAGUACAACCUCCACUACACAAUCAAAGAGGACAUCUGCUUCCUCUGCAUCUGCGAUCGAUCGUACCCCCGCAAGCUGGCCUUCACCUAUCUCGCUGAUCUGGCCUCCGAGUUCACCACCACGUACUCCCCCUCACAAUACCAAUCUCCCAAUCUCCGCCCAUACGCCUUUGUAGAGUUCGACACCUUCAUCCAGCGCACAAAGAAGCUAUACCAAGAUAGCCGCGCCUCGCAGAAUCUGGACAAGCUGAACGACGAGCUUCGUGAUGUCACAAAGGUUAUGACCAAGAACAUCGAGGAUCUUUUAUACCGUGGAGACAGCCUUGAGCGAAUGGGAGAAUUGUCGGGUCGUCUGCGGGAGGACAGUAAGAAGUACCGACGAGCAGCAGUACGCAUCAACUGGGAAUUGCUGGUGAAGCAGUACGGGCCUUUCGCGGGCGUGGGGCUCGUGAUCUUCAUUUUUCUGUUCUGGCGAUUCUUUUGA